AUGUUUAUUUAGGGCGCUCAUAAGUCAUUGAGAAUGAAGAAGAGAUUGAUUAAAGCCAAUAAGCAAAAUAGACCUCUUCCAAAUUGGUUUAGAUAUAGAACUGAUAACACAAUCAGGUAUAAUUCAAAACGUAGACAUUGGAGAAGAACUAAGCUCAACAUCAAUUGAUUUGUUUACAAAUAUAAUACCGUACAUUUAUUAAUAAAUUUUCACUAUUUUGCUAAA